GGAGAGAAGAAAUUUUGAAAAUACGGAGAGCGCAAUUAUUUCUGCGCCAUCCGUUAGUGUUCGUCAAUACUUUAGGAGCCAUGUGGUCAUAUAUCACCUGUUUAUCGGUUGGUGAUGAUGUUUCUCAUAUAUUUGGUAUGCUUGCAUGUAAAUCAUGAAGAAUCAGGAUACACGCUGUCUUUUAUUCGAAACAAUCACUUUUGUUCAACAGCGCUAUGUUCAACGAGAAUGAACGAUACUCUCUUAGCGCCACCUAUAAAAUAAUUAUCUUUGCAACCGUUCACACUUUAUUGAUGAAACUUUCCAAAAAUGUUUAACUAAUUGUCGUUAUUCAUUACCCAAAAGUUCAGUUCAAUCCGUCUGGCGCAAAAAAAGUCGAUUUUUUCAGCUCUCUCAUAAUAUCUCUUUCGACGUCGUCCAGUUUUGAAUUACAUUGUCUCUUCAAUCAGAGCGCCCUUUAUGUAUAAUCCAUUAAUCCAUUGCUUUGUUAACGGUAUACUACCACAUCCAAACACUUUUGUUUUAAAUUUUUCCAUAAGUUUGUCAUAACGUUUGCGUACAUACCCGGUAUCUUCAUUUGAUAAUUUACUAUUAAUAUCCGAUGUCAUUACCAAAUCUGUCGGAGGCGGUGACUUUGAACAACGUAAACAUUGACAUUUAAAAUUUCUUGAUUGUAAAAGUUUUUGUCGUUCAUUAGUUGGCAAACAGUGAUCAAAUAAGUAAGUUACACAAACUUCCUCACCUAAAAGAACUUCAUCCGUAUAAUUUAAGUACAAACAAAAAAGCAAAAGCAUAACUUUUCUGUCAGCCUUCAUAAAUGAGAAGACAGACUAAGUCUUUCGCUAAAUAACGAUGGGAUCCGUUGACGGAUGGGUCGACAAGUGGAAGAUAGUCAAAAAAAGCGUUUACAAACAAUUCCUUCGUAGAUUUUUUCCUUCUGUAGAUAUAAAAUGUUUUCUACUGGAGUAAAGUUCGAGAAGUUAUACGUGUGAAAAUGUACAUUUCCUUUUUCUCGUGAAUGAGAAGAGAUGAAACCGUGGUUUUUUCAGGGUAGGUAGUACUUGAUGUCUACCUUAUAAUGACAUACAAAUAUUAUGUAUAUCUCUCAUUCCAUACAUUGCAGCAAGACCGAAACGGAGCUUUAUGGAACACUUUUGUGAGCGAUCAGUCUCAUUCUUAUGAACUUAAGUUGAAGUCGGACUACUUGCAGUAGAUAGUACUCUCAGUGUACUAUCUAGAAUCACCGUCAAAAGUUUGGGAUACGCAUAUUUGUUACAGAAAGUUUUGCGCCCAAAGUCGAAGUAAACGGUCGGCGUAAACAUUCACUUUGAAGGUUUUUUCUGUCUUAAUGGAACUAUACACUGUAAAAAAUAAAGUGUGCCCAAAACAUACUUAACUUGCACAUCACUUUGAUUCGCAUUUGCACACUUAGAACUUUUACACAUCUACGGGCACACUUUAUUUUUUACAGUGUAUGUUUUUCAAAAGAAUGCCAUUGGAUAGCCCAUGAAAUUCUCUACAAACUGAGCUGAUCAGAAUACCUAGACAGUUGGGGCCAGACAUUAAAUACAAGUAAUGUUCAUCAUUCUGAUUCACUUAUCCCUUGACUGGAUAAGUGAACUGGAUUGUGCAUGAAUCCGUGUGCAGUAAUGAUUUAAUGGCUACAGCCGCUUCUACGUUAGAGUGAUAACGAUUUUUGUUUACUUUUUACUUUUUCUUAUUUAAAUAAAGCUUAAAUCAAAAAAAAUCAAUUUGUGCGUAAUAUUGUUCGUGCGCAUCGUUCCGGAACCCAAGACUGUAUUUCGCUUGUUCGCUUGAAACGGUUACUGUAAAACAAUCGCCAAAUACUUUGCUAUUAUUCCGUUGAAGUCAGUCUAGGAUCUUACAAAAGAGUUGUAUGUGUGCUUGGUGUAUCGGACCAAUCAGAACAGUAGGGGAUUUUUAAAAAGGAUUUGUUCUUUAAAAAAAAUUGGGUCAUUUUUUUAAUGUACUUUUAUAAACAAUUUUAGCAAAAAAGAAAAGAUAUCGCUUUUCUUUCUUUUGGCAAAGUAAAGGAACCGCUUUCCUUAGUCGAAGCUAAAACGGAAACACUGGUAGUAGGCAUAGACAGAGCUCAUCGAAAGCUAUCGAUUGGUGAAUAAUUUAUGCAUUUUAUCAUAAGUCUAGGGCCAGUUAUUGCGAAACCCCGUGCCUAUGGGAAAAAACGAACUUCCAGAAGGGUUUUCUCAGGUGUUAUAACUACGGUGGUAGGGAAACUAUAGUUGUAGACUCAGACAAUAAUGGCGAACAAGAUGUGCUAUUUAAGUUUUCUCUAGCGUCACUUUCAGUUUUUUCAACAAUUGUAAGACAUUACAAAAAUUUUGCAAUCGGGUCAUAUACUUAUUAGUUAGCCAUUACAAAAUUUUAAUGUAAAAUUUGUUUUUGAAAACGUGUGACCCCAAUAAUUUGAUCGAAUACAUUUUUUUAGUCUGAAAUAUAUUUCUAUGGUAUAGAGAAAUAAUCAUCAUAUCUGUUGCAUACUUAAUAACCAAUUUGCGUUUGUAUAAAUGCCAGAACAAGGAAAGUCUGUUUCGUUGUAUAAUUCAAACCAAUAACGGUACAUCAUACAAAGUAAAACUGUAAGUACCAAUAGUGCAUGCAUCUAUAUUAAGCAUACGUAUAAAGUUGUUAAAACAUGGUAGAAACUAUGUGUUUUACUGCAAUGAAUUUAUUUAAUUGUCGAUAUAAAUUCAGUUUGGAAGAGAGCUUUUUUAAACAUUUAAAUUAUUUUGUGACUACAAAUUGAAUCUUUUUUUUUUUGUCAUAUAAUUUUUUUCGGAUUGAAUAUUUAAGAGAACUUUUGUCACAGAAUCGAGUAUGCUAUAGUAAUUACAACGCUAGUAGUGUCGCUAUUUUGCUCGAACCGUAGUUCGCGUUCAAAAGAACUAGAAUCCCUGGUUAACUUUAGUUUCAUAGAGAAAAAUGUUCAAGAGUUUCCUUGGCAUAGCCACGUCCUAUGGAAAAGGAAAUUAUUGUAGAGCUUUUCAAGAGCUGUUUUUCUAUACCAAGCUUUACUAUAACUUUAUAUUAGACUUUGAACAAAAUGUUUUUUAUUAAGCGCCGAUAUGCUUCAUGUAUCUCCUCAGAAAAGUUAUUUUAAAAAGUCUUCAUAAUGUUAUAAUGGUUCAUAUGCACUUCGAAAUGUGUAAAAUCGUUUUCUCUACAAAAUGUGAUCAUAAAAAGUAGUGUCGAGAAACGUAACAAAAUCAUUUUAUUUGAUCAUUUAGUGAUUUACGUAACAAUUGGUUGUUUUAAUUCUUUGUGACUAACAAAGUGAAAUUAUUUUAGAAACUGAUGAAUUGCUUGGAGUGAUAUGAUAAAUUCUCUCUUGUUUUUCAGAAAUGAAGACCUUAAAGCAAGAAAUGCUUUUGCUGAAGACGGCUUGGCCAAAAAAGAAUGUCCACCAACAACCUACGUUUCAAACAUGGGCAAACCAUGUAUCGUUACGCUAUUCGAUGAAUAUAAAUUUGAUGAUUUUAAUCUGCGAUCUUUCAAUUAUAGCCCGAUCUGUGCAGGACCUUGGUCCAAGGUUGUAUUUGAAGGCAAUUUUAAUGUUACCCAAGGCAUUCAGUUUGAUCGAACAGUCACUAUUGCACUUGGACGUGUGAAUAUUUAUUUUGGUACAACAAAAGAACCAUCACCAACUAGUGAAAUUGAUUUAGGCAAUCUUGUUAAUUCAGAAUUUACAGGUAUUAUCUAUGGAACAGGCUUUCUGUAUUUCUAUCCACUCAAAAGUGGAAAACAAGAACCAAACGUUGCCGAUAGAAUUUAUCCAUUAGGCAAUGAAGCAGGAGGAACAGUUUUAUUAUUUAAUUCAACUGAUCAACUCACAGUCGCAUUCAAUUUACCUUCAAAUAUUGAACGUGUCUAUCUAGAUGUUUUUGCUCAAAGCCAAAGUUCUGAUGAAUUUUGGUACACAUGCGUGCCUAGUGAACUCAGUGAUUCGUUACAAAGUUGCCCGAAUACUGCAUUUCGUGAAACUGAAAUAAGCAUCAACGAACAACCAGCAGGUGUAGCUCCAAUAUUUCCAUGGAUCUAUACGGGUGCUAUAGAUCCAGACCUAUGGACUCCAAUUACUGCUGUGCAAACAUUAAAUUUUCAACGAUAUCGUGUUGAUUUAACACCUUUCGCAGGUGUAUUAAGUAAUGACAAACAAUCGCAUCAAGUAUCGCUGAGUGUUUAUAAUUGUCAGGAUCAUUUUUCUGUUGUUGCUUCAUUGUUAGUCUAUCUUGAUCAUGGUUCAAGAAAAGUAACAGGAUCAGUAGUUAAAAAUGAUAUAGGAUUAACGAAACCUCCAGCGAUAAAUGAAAAGUUGACAAAUGAUUCGUCUGGUGAUAGUAUUAAUGCUACUAUAACAACAACAGCAGCUCGAACAUUCACAUUAUCUGGUUAA